AUGCUUAUGGAUUUAUCCGACGCGGACCAAAGUGAUAGUGGAAUGGAGUCCUUAACCGCGAGCAAAGACGAUACACCAGAACGUAGGCCUGAGGAAAUUUCCUUUAUAACACCUGUACCUGUACAGGUGGGAACUUCACCAACUGCUGGUACUCCGCCAUACAUUACUCUCAAAGAGUACGACGAUGAGCCAGACGAAACCUUAUCAGAAAGGUUAUGGGGACUGACUGAAAUGUUCCCUGAAUGUGUCCGCAAUGGCACAUACACAGCUACUACCAAAACUUGGAGUGGAGUAAAGAGUCUAUACCAGCUAUCUCGCUCUGUCAUGUGGGUGGUGGCUAGCUCGUCAGUCAUCCUUUUCGCCCCAGUCAUAUUCGAAGUUGAGAGAGCACAGGUUGAGGAAAUGCAAAAGUCACAACAGAAACAGGUACUGCUGGGUACUAACACUGCUAUGUCCGGACCUACGCCAGGAUUGCCGCCUAUGCCUCGAUAA